GCUCAGGGGAGGAAAGAAACAAGAAAUAAGGAACCUCUAUAGGUACUCUACUGUAUGUUUUCGUCCACGUACGACGGACGCAUAGUGUUUUCUGAUGGUGAAUAAUAAUAAUAAUAACGCGAACUAGCGGGCUUACGUGAGAGGCUUACAGGAACCACGGCCCGGGACUCCCGGAUUCCAGCGUGUCGCUUACAGAAAAGUGUUGUCUUUUUCUUGUAAUAAAAUGCAACGAGUUUGGUUGAACUUGAACGUGACUUUUUAUGGGUAGCGUGAGGGCGGGCGGCUUAGAAGGAAAGCGCAGGGAAGGGAAGGAAAGGGCAUAACUAGUAUGGAUUGCUAUUAUAAGUGAAGUGUGCGGGCGGGCGGGCGGGGUUAAGGUAGGCCAAUCAAGCUCUCAAAAAGGAGAGUCUCGUCUUUAUUCGAAUUUGACCACUGUUGUCCAUUCGGAGAGGCCUUAAAGCUACCAGUCUGUGGUGCGGAGUUUUUUGUUAUAAGGUCGCCCACACGCACCACAACAAACACUCUCUUUCCCUCUCUCUUUAUCUGUCUCUCAAGUGUGUUUUUUUUCAGGCGAUCGAGAUUUGUGCUGCUGUUAUCAUUGGUGUGGGAGCAAUGGUGGCGAGGAAGCCGCGAAUUGUUAUAAUCGGGGCCGGCAUGGCGGGUCUGACCGCUGCGAACCGCCUGGUUCGGAGCGCCGGUGACUGCUCUUUGGUGGUGGUCGAAGCCAGCCACCGCAUCGGAGGCCGCAUCAACACUACCGAAUUUGAUGGUAACAGAGUGGAGCUCGGGGCGACCUGGAUUCAUGGAAUUGGAGGCAGCCCAGUUCACAAGAUUGCCCAAGGAAUGGACUCUCUAAUUGACCAUGACAUGCCCUGGGAGCGCAUGGACGGCUUUCCUGAAGAUACAGUCGUCAAGGCCGAGGGCGGAGCCACUGUGGAUCCGUCUGUUGUUCAAUCCAUUUCACAGCUGUACAAAGGCCUCAUGGACGUCGCCCAGGAGAGGGCUUGUGAGGGCAAAGAGGCCCAGAUGGCAAGAGAAGCUGUCAAGCGAGCCGCCAGAAACGAGGACGGGGAGCUCAGCAUUGGUGCUUUUGUCCGUCAGGGAUUGGAGUGCUACUGGGCCGAGCAAGACGAAAGUCAUUACAAUGCAGAUGGGAAUGGGAAUGGGAAUGGGAAUGCAUUUUGGAACCAGAAGCUUGUUGAAGAGGGCGUCUUUUCUAUUCAUGAGAACACAGAGCGGACAUACACUUCUGCUGGGUCAUUGCUCGACCUCGACUUCGAAGCCGAGAAAGAGUACCGUGAGUUCCCCGGCGAACAAAUUACCAUUGGGAAGGGCUAUUCCACCGUCUUGAAGGCCCUGGCGAGUGUUCUGCCCGCCGCCACUAUUCAGUUCGGGAAGAAAGUUUCUCAAAUUCAAUGGACUGACGGGGAGGAGAUUUGGUCUGAGUCGACACCCGUGCGCAUCCAUUUUGAAGACGGGUCUUUUAUGGAUGCCGACCAUGUCAUCAUAACGGUGUCUCUGGGUGUUCUCAAGGCCGGAACGGGAAAGAGCAAGCCUGCGCUUUUUACUCCCCCUCUUCCUUCCUGCAAGGUGAAUGCGAUUUCCAAGCUUGGGUUUGGCGUUGUGAACAAACUGUUCCUAAAAGUGGAUUCUUUACAUCAAGGUGUGAUUUAUCCCUUCCUCCAGUUCAUAUUCAGCAAGUCUGGCGGGCUAGAGAAGAAGAGCAAGGCCCCAUGGUGGAUGAGGAAAACUGUGUCUUUGUGCCCCAUUUAUAGAACUUCUAAUGUUCUGCUCGCCUGGUUCGCGGGUGAAGAAGCUCUGGAGCUUGAAUGUCUAUCUGAUGAGGAAAUUAUCAAAGGAGUUUCAGAUACUCUGGUGAGCUUCGGAGUCAGAGACAACGACGACGGAAAAGAGAACAGAGUCAGCAAUGGCACCGACAACUGCAUAUCAGAAUCUGAAGCAAAAGAGAAGAUAAAUGGAGUUUUCAGUGGUGUCUUGAAGAGCGGUUGGGGAUUCGAUCCCCUGUUUCGAGGCUCCUACAGUUAUGUGGCAGUGGGUUCUAGUGGGCAAGAUAUUGAUACACUCUCAGAGCCGCUACCCAAACGGUCUUCACAACCACUAAUUCCUCCCCUGCAGCUUCUUUUUGCAGGUGAAGCCACGCACAGGACACAUUAUUCAACAACACAUGGAGCUUACUUUAGCGGUUUGAGGGAAGCCAACAGGCUUCUUCAGCACUAUGGAUGGACGAAUCUUGAACGUCUGUAAUUUGUAUUCCUUUGCUUUAUACAACUAUUGGGUUGUUUUUUAACUUUGUGAGGCAAAAAAAAAAAAAAAAAACAAUCUUCCAACAAUUUUCUGCUCUAAGCUUUUGUGAUAGUAGAUAUAUCACUCACUGCCGGCUGUUACUGAAGAUGCAAUACUGUGAUCUUGAACAAGACUGUAAAUAUCUUCAACAAAUUGUAAACAAUUACCUCAAGUGUGGUAGUUGAGCAAAUUUUAUUUAUGGUUCUAGUUGUUACUUUUUAGUGUUUUCUCAGGCAAGCCCAACAAUCUAAUUCUUCCUUCCUUCAUUACAGUAAGAUUUUGUACCGGGGGUUAUUAUCUAUCUUUUCCUUUUGUUAUUGAAGCAAACAUCAAUCAUUUCUGCA